GCCGGCGGCGACAUCGCCGACGUACUUCGUUACCAUGUCCUCCUCGAAUACCUCUCCUGGUCGGAUCUCCACCGGAUUCCGCCUACCGGCAAGAUGGUAACCACUCUGUACCAAACCACCGGCCGCGCCCCCAAUAAUCUGGGCGCCGUCAAUCUCACUCGUGACCCCACUAAUGGCGUCGUCACGGCUCGCUCACCCGUCCCCUUUUUCGCUUCCAACGCCACCGUCAUCUCACUCGUUACGACAGUGCCGUACAACAUUUCCGUCUUCACGGUUAACGCUUUACUAAUGCCCUACGGAUUCGAUCUCGCCGCAUCGGAAACGCGUCCUCCGGCGGCGCUGAACAUCACUCGAGUGCUCCUCGACGGCCGGGAUUUCAACGUUGCGGCGUCGAUGAUGGAAGCAUCGGGAGUCGUGGAGGAAUUCGAGAACGACGAGCAUGGGGCGGGGAUCACCCUCUUCGUGCCUACGGAUGAGGCGUUUGCGGGAUUACCGGCCACGGAGAGGCUGCAGUCCCUAACGGCGGAGAGGAAAGCAGCGGUCCUCAAAUUUCAUGUGCUUCAUUCUUAUUACCCUCUUGGAUCGCUGGAAUCGAUCGUGAAUCCGGUUCAGCCGACGAUCGCGACGGAGGAUUCGCAGGCUGGGUGGUUUACGCUCAAUAUCUCUAGAGUGAACGGAUCCGUGGCGAUUGAUACGGGAUUAGUGCAGGCGACGAUUACUAGAACGGUGUACGAUCAAAAUCCAGUUGCGGUGUUCGCCGUCUCGAAUGUUCUGCUUCCUCGGCAGGUUUUUGGGAAGGGAGAGCAGAACCAGGAGGGAGUGGGUUUGGAAACUGCGACGCCAUCGCCGGAGGCGUCGCCGCCGGAGGAGGGCAUGGCGGCUCCGGGAAGUUUGAUGUCGCCGCCGGGGAGUGGGGAUAAGUUUUCGGUGGCGGGAAGGUUAGGGUUUCGGGAAUGUGGGAUUUGUAUGGGAUUAAUGUUUCUUCCAUUGAUGCUGGGGGAUCUGUGUAUCUAGGGCUGAGUUCUUUUCUCAAUUUUGUUUUUUUUUAUUUUUGGGUCCUUGAUUUGGCGAUUUUGUAUACGAGAAUUUAUAUUGGAUUUGUAGCUGCAAAGCAGCGAUUUUUUGUUUUGCUUUGGC